CCACUCGAGCUCCGCGGCAUCGUCAUCAAGCCACGCGUCACCCACAAGUUCCUCGGCCUCAUCCUCGACCAAGAGCUCCGGUGGAAGGCCCAAAAGGACUACGCCGUCGGGAAGGGUAUCGCCUACACGUUCCAGCUGCGCCGACUCGCGAAAACAAACUACGGGCUACCAUUAGCGGGUGUAACACAUCUAUACCAAGGUGUCAGCGUACGACAGACACUGUAUGGUGCGGCGGUAUGGUACACCCCGGUUCACCACCGAGUUGGGAGCAAAGCACGUAAGGGGUCGGUGGAAGCUACAAAGCGCAUCGCGACAGUCCAGCGCGCAGCGGCUACGAGCAUAACAGGGGGUUUGCGCAGCACCGCCACUGACGUCUUAGAUGCCCAUGCAGGACUCCUCCCGGUACACCAUCUCCUCGAC